AUGAAGCUGAACCUCCUCCCCACCCUCGCCCUCCUAGCCUCCCUCACCUCCGCCACCACAAUCCGCAACCACUUCAAGUCGAACUGCAAAGGCGGCUCCCUCCUCUACCGCAACGUCGCCCCCAACACCUGCUGCUCCGCCCUGCGCCACAACCCGCCGCGCGGCUGCCCGAGCGCACACUUCGCCGGCGCCCCUGCGCACGCCAUCGUCGCAGGCUGGCAGCGCACGCGCGACGGGCGCAACUGCGGCGCGCUCAAGAAGCGCGCCAACACAGGCGCCGGGCACAAGAAGUGCAUCGGCAUCAGCCCGAGCAGGGGCCAGUUCGCGGGGACGAGCUGGACGCGCGGCGCCGCAAGUAAGAGGGACGAGGGCGAUCCAACGAUGAGCCAGGAUGAAGGGCUGCAGGUGGAUGAGGGGGAGAAGUGCACUGCUACGGUGCAGCCGGAUGCGGUUAUUUUGGAUGAUGGGCAUAUGUAUAGGGUUGAGGGGAUGGAGGAGGGCCUCCUGGAUGCGCUUUACGAGAUGGCGGUGAAUGGGACUACGCAGGCGGAUCUGCCGGCUUCGUAUGAUCGGUUCGAGGAGGAUCCACAGGGCGUGCAGGAACGGUUGGCGGAUAUGCAGGGUGAGGAGGAGGAUUGAGUGGUGGGGCGGAAGAGGAGUAGGAGAGGAUGGCGGGUUUUGUGGCUCACUUCUGUAAUGAAUAGAAGUUUUGAAUGGAUUUCUUCGUUGGUUU